UAGGACAUUCUUAGCCCAUCAACAACGUCAUCAUCACGAAUUUUGAGAGCUCUGGCGAGAAAAUAGAACGACGCUCCCUCUUGAUUGGUUGGUCCCCUCAACAUCAUCGACUAGAAAGAGCCCAUUACUGCGUCCGGGUCCUCUGGCUUUCAGAGGUCAAUCCGUUGGUCAGUCCGUGCGUCACCAUCCAUCCCCAAUUGAGCUCUCUGGGUGGGUCGUCACACAUUCACACACAAAUACACAUACAUACACAUCCCAACGUCCUCAGGAUCUUGCAGCCAUGCGAAAGAGCCAGCAAAACAGUGACACUCACUCAACCCUGAGACGUUGGUGCGACAUCUCUUCGUUCAUUGAGAUUGCCAGUCCAUUCAACACAUGGUAGAAUGAGCUGAUACGACCACACCAAUUAGGACUGAACUUCAAUUGACUACUUAGGUGUUAUUUUUUUCAAUUUAGCUCCUCUUCCAAUAUUUCGCCAUGGCUUUUCCGGCCAAACGAACGCCUUCCUAUUGGGCGUUAAUCCUUUUCUUCAUCAUGGUUCUGCUUCUUCCGGAAUCCUCCCAGUUAAAAGGUCAUCUCGCCACUCGAAGAAACUUCCGCGUCAAGAGAUCUAGUCAAGACUACAUGGAGGCUGCGAAUGGAAUUGAUGUCAGAAUAGCCAAAGUUCUCGAAGCUCUUGAGCUGAAAAUCCUGGUGGCCAUAGACUCCAUCGAAAAAGACAUAACUAUUGCCAAUCGGGACAGAGUCAUUCUCGGACUCUCAAAUUUCUUGGGAAUGGUAUUUGGUGUGUUCAAUGGAGCUAGUGGUAAUCCCAAUUUGGGCGAGCUGACCUUAGCUGAGCAGAUCCAGGUGACCGCACAACUCAUGUAUGGUUAUGGUUAUUGGGGGCCCUUCCUCUUGGAGUUUGAGCCGGCCAGACUGGAUUGCGACCGAAGUGAUUUGGAAGAAGCAUUGUCGGAGUUCGCUUUCCUCACCGACAUGGCGCACAACUUUGGUUACCUGAACGACUAUGCUGGAACGAGGCCCAAGGAACAACUCCCUGACACAAGUGAUCCGGUGGUCCUACAAUAUUACACGGUCGAGCUCAACCACGCCAUUAAGCGCAAUCUCUAUUGCAUUAUCAAACGGGCCGGAAGCAAUCAAGACGCCUUGGAAGUGACUACCUUCGUGGACUUGUAUACCAUGUUGAUCACGGAGAGACUAACCAUGACCGAUGUGGCCUUGCAGGAAAGUGCUAAUUUCGUCUAAUCAAGGGAAGCCUCCCAAUCUACGUGUAUGCUUUGUACAACCUGAAAGUCCGUUUCAGCCAUUUUGCCAUAGUAGACGAACUCAUAUUCUAUUUAGAAAUCAAUUCAAUGUUAUUCAAAUGAAUACAAUGUUAUUCAAAUAAAUACAAUGUUAUUCAAAUAAACUCAAUGUUCUCCAAAUAAGCAGACUUAAACCUAAUCAUAGACGACUUCGCCUUGUCUUGCGUUCGAUCGACAAUUGACUCAAUUACCGGAUAUUGGAUGUGAGGCCUGAGGGCUAGUGUAUUUGAUCAAGCGUAAAUUCCUUACGAGAAAUUCUAAUGUUCACAAGCUCCAAACCAGACGUGCGUGUUCCAUUGGAUUGGUCAGAAGACAACGUUUAUUAGCAUCUUGGAGAGAGUCAUGGAACAAGGUCUCAAGAGAAGAAGACCUAGGUUCAAUUUAAGAGACAAUGGGAUACCCCCGCAUGGUUUCGUGAGCACAUAUUUUGAGAUGCGAUAUGGUCCCAGUUGCACCUAUUGCGAGUAUCAGGUAGUUUUGUGAAUGCAUAU